GUGGCGUUUCAUUCCCGAAACUAACGGACUCUAUCAUCAUCAUCAUCAUCAUCAUCAUCGUCUUCAUCUCUUUCUUCUUCCCUAAUUCUUAAACCGACCUCCCCCAAACACUAUGAUGCAGAGGCCACAUCGACGCUGCGAGGGCACCGCCAUGGGCGCCAUCGUCCUCGAUCUUCGUCCCGGCUUCGGAAUCGGUCCUUUCUCCCUCGGAAUGCCGAUAUGCGAAGCGUUUGCGCAGAUAGAGCAGCAGCCUACCAUCUAUGACGUUGUGCAUGUCAAGUAUUAUGAUGAGGAGCCUCUGAAGUUGGACAUUGUUAUCAGCUUUCCUGAUCAUGGUUUCCAUCUGCGAUUCGAUCCUUGGUCACAGAGGCUCCGUCUUGUUGAAAUCUUUGACAUAAAGCGGCUUCAGAUGCGAUAUCACACAUCUUUGAUUGGGGGGCCAUCCACUCUGGCAACUUUUGUUGCUGUAUACGCCCUGUUUGGGCCAACAUUUCCUGGAAUUUAUGAUAAAGAUAGAGGUGUUUACAAUCUGUUUUACCCAGGGCUUUCCUUUGCUUUUCCAAUCCCGGGCCAGUAUACAGAUUGCGUUCAUGAUAGAGAAGCUGAACUACCUCUAGAGUUCCCCGAUGGAACAACACCAGUUACUUGCCGUGUAUCCAUAUACGAUAGCUCUACUGAUAAAAAAGUUGGUGUUGGAUCCUUGAUGGAUAAGGCUUCCGUUCCUCCAUUACCUAUUGACAGCGUCUAUAUGGAAGAGGUGCAUGUCAAGCUAGCAGAGGAACUGCACUUCUCUGUUAGGGGCCAAAACAUUCCUUUUGGUGCAUCACCUCAGGAUGUUUGGACUGAAUUGGGUCGUCCUUGUGGCAUACAUCAAAAGCAGGUAGACCAAAUGGUUAUUCAUUCUGGCUCAGAUCCUCGCCCACGGACAACACUGUGUGGUGAUUACUUCUACAAUUACUUUAUGCGUGGUUUGGACAUUUUGUUUGAUGGACAGACUCACAAAGUCAAGAAGUUUGUUCUGCAUACAAACUAUCCUGGUCAUGCUGAUUUCAAUUCGUAUAUAAAGUGCAACUUUGUCAUCUUUGCUUCAGAGUUUGGGGGGUCUUUUCAGGAGGUAAAUAACUGCAAACAUAGGAUUACACCAAGCACAAAGUGGGAACAUGUGAAGGAAAUUCUUGGGGACUGUGGGCGAGCUGCCAUCCAGACACAAGGUUCUACAAGCAAUCCGUUUGGAUCCACUUUUGUAUAUGGUUAUCAAAACAUUGCAUUUGAGGUGAUGAAGAACGGUUAUAUUGCAACAGUGACGCUCUUUCAGUCAUGAUGGUGAUACAUUGUGUGUUGGGAUGAUGAUGGUGGAUGGAAGUGGCUUGGAAUUUACAUAGUUUCUGAAAUCAUCAGCCACUCUUUCUAGACAUGCUAGGGAGUGUCAAUAAAUGUACAGUUAUGUAGUUACUUGUACAGUUUAAUCCGUACUACCGACCUUGUAGUUUCUGUAAAUGUUAAUGGAAGUUUGUUUACUAUAA